AUGUCGUCUGGAGGCGAUCAGCAAGGUGCUUCGGCUGGCGUAUCGGCUACGCGCCGCGCAGUGCCCCAUAGACUCUCUCUCUGCGGUGUGAACUACACUACUCCGUACGAUGUCGUCGUCGGCUAUUGCACCGCCGUCUCGGAUGCGAGCAAAGAACGUCCCCGCGACACGAAUUUCACCCUUCGCGCUAUUCAAGACUACCUGCGAUCAUUCGACGGAGGAGAGCCCAAGGUCUUGACCGCGCAGCAGCUUAUCGACGAUACUAGCAUCCCAAUGCCGCCUCAGUUUGAAGACUGGAAUCCCAAGAAUACCGGCGUGGAACUCCCCGAGCGAGUCGAUGGCCAGAAUGUCAUUCGUUUCACCUUCCGCGAUACGCACAACCAUAUUCUCACCGACGAGCUUGUUCCGCAGGUGGCCUACAAUAUCUUGUGCUAUAAUAUCUACGAUCCCGGUGUUGCAGAGGGCGAGUCUGCAGUAUAUCUCCGUGUUGGCUCGGUGCCUCGUAACAAUUAG